UCUGCACUGUUUUCCCAAUCAUCGCUCCGAUAUGACCAUGACGGACAAAGAACCUAAAGCCCUGAAAAUGAGGCGGGAAAUUGGGCUGAUUGGUGGUGUAGCACUAGUAUCAGGAACCAUGAUCGGAUCCGGGAUAUUCAUGUCCCCUCAGUUUAUAAUGGGCUACGUUGGAAGCCCUGGAGCAAGUCUGGUGAUCUGGGCUCUCUCUGGAGUUGUAGCUAUGUUUGCAGCACUGUCCUAUGCAGAGCUUGGGACAAUCAUCCAGGAAUCUGGUGGAGAAUUCAUCUACAUACUGAGGAUCUAUGGUUCAUGCCCUGCUUUUUUUGCAGCAAUCACUUUUGUUGUGGUUGUGAAGCCGUUUGGCAUUGCAGCAAUGGCGAUUAGCAUUGCAGAAUAUGCUCUAGCACCCUUUUACAACAGCUGCCAACCUCCUGAUCUGGUAGUGAAGUGUGUUGCAGCUGUGGCUAUACUGGUCGUUGCCAUAGUAAACAUCUUGAAUUCCCGGAUUGCCGUCAGAAUCCAAGUGGUGUUCUUGGUGGCCAAAGUGCUGGUGUUGACAUUUAUUGUUAUCGGAGGAAUAGUGAAGCUCAUACAGAGCAGCAGUGUCAUUGUGGAAAAUUUGAAAGUUGAGAAUGCAUUUAAAGGCACUCAGUACUCUUUGAGCACUCUGGGAAUGGGUGUUUAUCAAGGACUCUGGUCUUACGCUGGGUGGUACAACUUGAACUAUGUCACUGAGGAGCUAAAAAGACCUGAGGUGAAUCUCCCCAGGGCGGUUGUGAUAGCCAUUUCUCUGGUGACUGGCUUAUACCUGCUGGUGAAUGUGAGCUACCUGACGGUUAUGACUCCAAAAGAGCUCAUGUCCUCAAGCGCUGUAGCAGUAACCUGGGGGAACAAAGUGUUAGGAAGCUGGGGCUGGACCAUGUCUGUGGCCGCAGCGUUGUCUGCUUUCGGCUCACUGAACGGAACGUUCUUCAGUGGGGGCCGUGUGUGCUUUGUUGCUGCCAGGGAAGGUCACCUGCCAGAUAUCCUAGCCAUGGCUCAUGUCCGCAGACUGACUCCAUCUCCAGCGCUGAUCUUUACCACUGUGGUCUCUCUUCUGGUGCUGAUCCCCGGAGACUUCCAGAGCAUUGUCAACUUCUUCAGUUUCACUGCCUGGUUUUUCUAUGGCAUCACCCUCUCUGGACUUGUCUAUCUCAAGAUUAAGAAGCCGGAGCUCCCCAGGCCAUACAAGGUUCCCAUUAUACUCCCAGUCCUGGUCAUCAUUGUGGCAAUAUUCCUUGUUCUUGCACCCAUCCUAGACAACCCUCAGAUAGAAUACCUCUAUGUGUCUUUAUUUAUCCUCAGUGGAGCUAUAGUGUACGUUCCCUUCAUCCAUUUCAAGCUCUGCCCAGGGUUGCUGACCAAGCUAACAGUGUUCCUGCAGCUCUUCUUAGAGGUGGCCCCGACAGAGAAAAACCUGUGAUAUUGGUGGAAGAAUCCAGAAGAAAAGGCUGUUGUUCCAGUUUUGUUGCUUGUGCUUUUCAACUACACCUGUUUUUUGCAAUGACACUCAUGAGAUGUUGCGGUUUACAUUUGGUAGCAACUUACUAUUACCUCUUGUUUGUCAUUGAUGAGUUGUUUGUCUUUGACUUUUAACACUCUGAUAUGUGUUGUCUUUUUGCACAGGUGCAUUUAGCUGAUGCGAGCACAAAGAAAAACUAGUACAUCUGUAUUCAAAAUGUCAAUCUAUUAGAAGAAGGGUAAAAUAUGACAUGUUGCUGGACAGCCUGUGUACCUAAACACCUGAGAAUUCCUGUGCUUUUUGUUGCAAGAUUUCUUUAAAAACAUUUUGAUCUGGAAACUUUUGCAAAUUAACAUUUAUAACAAGCUCAAAUGAAAAUAAACACAGGAAUUCCCAGGUUAUAUAUAGGCCAUAUAUAUAUAUAUUUAGAAGAAAACGCAGCAAAUCUACACUUAAGAAGCUGAAACUGUGAAAAUUAGCAAAUAAAGUUUUGUUUUCACUCAUUGUUUUAGUUAAGUGUAGGUUAAUCCACAUCAACACAUCAUUUUUUUAAGUUUUUUAAUGUGGUUAUGUGUUGUGUAUAUGAAAAUCUGAAUCUAUAAAGUGUCUGUCAAAUAAAGCUUCUUAG